GGAGCGCCGAGUCUAACGUGGGGUGAGGGGCUGAGGGGUGCAGGCGCCCCGAGCGCAGGCCGACUCCCUGCCGCCCCGGGAGCCAUGUGCUCCGACUCGGUCUGGGCCGCGGGGGAGGCUGCGCGCUUUGUGUGAACUGUUGGGAAUGCAGCGCGAGUGCGCCGCCCGGGGGAGUGUCGGGCCGAGCUGGGGGAGUUGUCAGAAAGUUCGUGCUGGAGUGGCUGCAGGUCGGCGUCGUGGAGUGUGUAGGAGGGUACACCGGGUGUUGUGUCGAGAGGGUGCUGCCACAGGCCAGUUAGGGCUUGCCAAGAUCCAGCCUAGCCCCUAGACACCAUGUCAGACAGCGAUCUGGGCGAGGAUGAAGGCCUCCUCUCUCUGGCAGGCAAGAGGAAGCGAAGAGGGAACCUGCCCAAGGAGUCAGUGAAGAUCCUCCGGGACUGGCUCUACUUGCACCGCUACAACGCCUACCCCUCAGAGCAGGAGAAGCUGAGCCUUUCUGGACAGACCAACCUGUCAGUGCUGCAGAUAUGUAACUGGUUCAUCAACGCCCGGCGGCGGCUUCUCCCAGACAUGCUUCGGAAGGAUGGCAAAGACCCCAACCAAUUCACCAUUUCCCGCCGCGGGGGUAAGGCCUCAGAUGUGGCCCUCCCCCGUGGCAGCAGCCCCUCGGUGCUGGCUGUGUCUGUACCAGCCCCCACCAAUGUGCUCUCCUUGUCUGUGUGCUCCGUGCCACUCCACUCAGGCCAAGGGGAAAAGCCAGCAGCCCCCUUCCCACAAGGGGAGCUGGAGCCCUCCAAGCCCCUGGUUACCCCUGGCAGCACACUCACCCUGCUGACCAGGGCUGAAGCUGGAAGCCCCACAGGUGGACUCUUCAACACGCCACCGCCCACACCCCCAGAGCAGGACAAGGAGGACUUCAGCAGCUUCCAGCUGCUGGUGGAGGUGGCGCUACAAAGGGCUGCUGAGAUGGAGCUUCAGAAGCAGCAGGACCCGUCGCCCCCGUUACUGCACACUCCCAUCCCCUUAGUCUCUGAAAACCCCAAGUAGGCAUCUGCCAACAGGGGUGCUCGAGGCUCGAGCCAGCUGUCCUGGGUUUCCGUUUUGGUUCCCCUUCAUACAGAGGGUUUUCUUUGGAUCACUGCCAAACAUCAGGAUCAUCUCCUCUGUUCAGAGGUCUUCAGCAGGAAGACGCCAGCUGGUGUCACUGCACUGUGAUGGGGACCUCUCCUCUGCUGACUCUGCCGUUUCUCCAGGCGUCCUCAGUGAUGAGACCAAGAGAUUUCGGAGACAGGCAUGGUGCUGCUGCUGCUGCUUCUCCAGAGAAUCCCCAGGACCCCUUCGUUCCAGCCCGUUUUCCUGGGCUGGGCACAGGAAACCUGCCAAGUUCAGACCUAUGCUGGGUCCAAGUUGCCCCUGAGCUGGGCCUCUUUUUGUUAAGCCAGGUGUGGACAUUCCAAGUUCAUAAGUGUGAACAAAAGAAAAGAAUCCAGCAGAUGUAACAGAACCGACUCCAGUUGAAUGUUUAGGUUUUCACUAAACUUUGUGUUUAUUUUUCCCUUUUUGCUGUGGUCUACAUUAAUGGGAGUAGUUAGCCGAGGUGUGGGGAAUCAGAGUGUGCUGCGUGCUGGAGUAUCAUGAACUGGGAAUGAUCCGCCACUGCAGUUGGUGACUGUUUGACAAGGAAGGAAUAUUUUUAUUUUGGGGACCAGCAAAAUCUGCAAAAUUCCAAAUGGUUGUUUUAUUCUUGGUUUGGUUUACAAAAAAAAAGCAGAAAAAAACUUUUAUGGGCUUUGACUUUUCUGCAUCAGGCACAGAAGGGGAUAAAGCCACAACCAGAGUGAGGGUCCAACAGAGAAUCUGACCAAACCUUCUAGGCGCAGAGCAGAGAAGGAUGAUAAAACCAGAGAGGUGUUUGUUUUUAUUUUUGUUUUUACUGUAUUUUGGGGGGGUGGGGGAAGUAAGCUAGACUGAGGCAGUGGGGUUUUUUAUUUCUCUUUAAUAUUUCCCCCCUCUUUAUCCUUGAAAGAUUUGCCCUGCAGCCUGAGUUUUGAAUUCCUUUAGGAACUUGGAUCAGUGGGGCCAGAAUGUCAGAAGCUCCCAGAAACUCCUACUUGGAGAGAAGUGAGCCAUCUACUGGUCAGGAAGCCCUUUUAGCUGACUCAGACAGGCAGCUUUUCCCACGAUGGUGGCAGGAAACUAUUCCUGGAGGAAGCAGGGAAUAGAAGCCCCAGCUGCCUGAGGAACUGCCUUCAGAGGAGGCUGGGGUCGCAGUGAGCGCCUUUGUGUUGCACCUUUCUUUAAAUGAGUUGCAAAGGCUCCUGCCCUGAACUUCACAGUGAAAAGAUCACAGUUGAUCUUAUUCUCCUCCCUCCUCCCCAUUUUUUAUUUUGCUGUUUCAUUGCUGACAGCAUUCAACAGCAAUAUACCCCAUCUUUAUAUAUCCUAAGAAACACUAAUCCUAGGUUAUUAUUAGCUGAAAUAUUUUUGUUCUGAAUAAGAUUGUUACUGGGCCAAAAGACAGGUCAGGAGCCCCAGCCUGUAGUUUCCUGAAGUUGCCAAGUCAGGCACAUGGGGGAGAGUUCCUGGGUGUUGGCUGACUUGGGUGGGCCUGGCCAGGAGAAAGGCAGCAACAUAUGCUCUGUCCUUUCUGGAAUGAUCCCUGCAGCCUUCAGGGAGGCUCCCCCACUUCUGAGUGGCUUGGCCCAUCCAUUGCUGUGGGAGCAGGGAUUGGUUAUUUAAGGAGAGGGAGCUUUGUUUUCUGUGAGUAAGCAAGUUUCCUAGGCUCCCUCUUCUGCCUCCCCUGCCUGCUCCUUGCAUGCCCCAGGGGGAUCAGGGAUCCUCACCCUCCUGAGGCCCAGCUGGGGAAGAAUAAACAUGGCAGCUUCAAGGUUAGUUGAAGCUGCUAUUUGCCCAGCUUCUUCCACCCAACCCAUGUCUGAGCCCAGGUCUGGUGUGACUGUUGCAAGAUGCUUGUAGCAGGGGAUUCUGGAAGUGUAUUGGGCUGGGGUGGGACUUUUCCUUCCCACAGUGCACUAAGCAGUGGAGGUGGUGAGGGGUGAGAGAGCCAUGCUGCUGAAUUCUGGUUGGCAUUCCCCCCUUGUGCAAGAUGGGGAGGCUGGGGGUGGGGCAGCCUCUACUUGGUUUAGUUGUGAGGCGAACCUGGAGGAGAAGCACAGUUACCCCGUUGAAUUCUUUGAGCAAAAAACUACUGUAAAUAACUUGUUUUUGUCUUUUGUCAAAUAAAGUUGUUUUUGGUUUUUG